AUGUGCAUCCAACCCUACGAGCGCUACAACCUCUGCCCCUGCGAGCUAAAACGCGGCACCCUCCUCACCUGCCCGGACCCCUACUGCCGCACCAUCAACACGCCCGUCUACAACAACAACAAGUCCUACUGCGCCUACCACGCGCGAAAAGCCAAAACCGCCAUCGUCGCGCGCAAUCGCUUUCUCUCGCGCAAAGGGGUCCGCGAUGCCUCGUCCCUGAACAUCAGCUCGCGUGCUCCGAUCCUCGGACGCGUCAGCUCCGCGUUCGCGGGUUCGAAGGCAGAUUUCCCGGGGAUGUGUACGCGGUACGGUGGCGAGGGCAUGAGCGAUGAAGACUCCGAUGGGGGGCGGUUCGCGGGGCGCAAAGAGGAGUUCUGGGCGAUGAUGGAGGGGGCGGGGAGGGGAUACGGUGCGCGGCUGUCGAAGACGAGCGAGUGCGAGAAGUCGAGGACGUGGGUUGAGUGGAAGAAGUUCCAGCGCGCGAAGAAAAAGGCUGGAGAGGGGCCGAUGGGGAUGGGAGACCAGGGAUUGAAGGUUUCGGAGUUGGAGACGAAUUCGGCGAAGGAGGAAUCGCAGAUGCUCUCGACAUCGGAGGUAGAGGAGAUUGAGGUGAUGGGGUUGUCCAAAUCGCACACAGUAACGCCGGACCCGAAACCACAGAAUGGUUCUCCCUCUCGCAUGACCGAAUUCACGAAACACCCGGAAUUGGAUGGCACGUAG